GAUUUGGGGAAGGGGUGGCGGGGGAGAGCCCACACAAGCAGCCAAUCCAGCUGUCCCGGGGAGGAAGAGGAGGAGUCAAGGCCGGCCCCGGGUCUCCGCACUGCUCAGUCCCGCGCUGUGAGGUUGGCACAGUUGCAGCUCUUCGGUCCCUUUGGUUCUCUUAGUCCCGAGCGCUCGCCCACUGCAGCUUCCUUUCCCGUGCAGAGACAUGGCCUCUGGCACCACCACCACCGCCGUGAAGAUUGGAAUAAUUGGUGGAACAGGCCUGGAUGAUCCAGAAAUUUUAGAAGGAAGAACUGAAAAAUAUGUGGAUACUCCAUUUGGCAAGCCAUCCGAUGCCCUAAUUUUGGGGAAGAUAAAAAAUGUUGAUUGUGUCCUUCUUGCAAGGCAUGGAAGGCAGCACACCAUCGUGCCUUCAAAGGUCAACUACCAGGCGAACAUCUGGGCUUUGAAGGAAGAGGGCUGUACACAUGUCAUAGUGACCACAGCUUGUGGCUCCUUGAGGGAGGAGAUUCAGCCCGGUGAUAUUGUCAUUAUUGAUCAAUUCAUUGACAGGACCACUAUGAGACCUCAGUCCUUCUAUGAUGGAAGUCAUUCUUGUGCCAGAGGAGUGUGCCAUAUUCCAAUGGCUGAGCCGUUUUGCCCCAAAACGAGAGAGGUUCUUAUAGAGACUGCUAAGAAGCUAGGACUCCGGUGCCACUCCAAGGGGACAAUGGUCACAAUCGAGGGACCUCGUUUUAGCUCCCGGGCAGAAAGCUUCAUGUUCCGCACCUGGGGGGCAGAUGUUAUCAACAUGACCACAGUUCCAGAGGUGGUUCUUGCUAAGGAGGCUGGAAUUUGUUAUGCAAGUAUCGCCAUGGCAACAGAUUAUGACUGCUGGAAGGAGCAUGAGGAAGCAGUUUCGGUGGACCGGGUCUUAAAGACCCUGAAAGAAAAUGCUAAUAAAGCCAAAAGCUUACUGCUGACUACCAUACCUCAGAUAGGGUCCACGGAAUGGUCAGAAACCCUCCAUAACCUGAAGAAUAUGGCCCAGUUUUCUGUUUUAUUACCAAGACAUUAAAGUAUCAUGACUGCCCAGGAGAAAAGAAGACAUUCUAAUUCCAGUCAUUUUGGGAAUUCCUGCUUAACUUGAAAAAAAUAUGGGAAAGACAUGCAGCUUUCAUGCCCUUGCCUGUCAAAGAGCAUGUUGUAAGAAAGACAAGACAUUGUGUGUAUUAGAGACUCCUGAAUGACUUGGACAACUUCAAAAUUCAGAAGAAAAGCAAAUGACCAGUAAACGUGUGGGAAAAAAUAUUACAUUUUAGGGGCAAAAAAAACCACCAUUAUCUUCUCCCCCUAUUAAAUUUGCAACAAUAAAGGAUGGAGGGUAAUCUCUACUUUCCUAUACUGCCAAAGAAUAUGAGGAAGAAAUGGGACUCUUUGAUUAUUUAUUGAUGCGACUGUAAAUUGGUACAGUGUUUCUGGAGGGCGAUUUGGUAAAAUGCAUCAAAAGACUUAAAAAUACUGAUGUACUUUGUGCUGGGUACUCUACAUCUAGGAAUUUCUCUUUAAAACCAUAUCAGAGAUACAUACAAAGAAUUACAUAUAAAGAAGGGUGUUUAAUAAUGAUAGUUAUAAUAACAAAUAAUUAAAACAAUCUGAAUACCCAGCAAUUGGAGGCAAAUUAUGUCUUAGUUAUAAUUAGAUUGUGAAUCAGCCAACUGAAAAUCCUUUUUGCAUAUUUUAAUGUCCUAAAAAGACAUGGUUGCUCUAUAUAUGAAAUGAAAAAAGGAUGUGGUAGCAUUUUGUAGUACUAGUUUUUGCUUUAAAAUGCUGCGUAAAUAUACAACAAAACUAGAAAGAAAUAUAUAUAUAUAAUCUUGUUAUUGUAUUUAGGGGAGGGAUACUGGGAUAAUUUUUAUUUUCUUUGAAUCUUUCUGUGUCUUCACAUUUUUCUACAAUGAAUAUAAUCAAAUAGUAAAGUUGUUGUAAAAAUAAAAAUGGAUUUAGAAAGA